CGGCUUCGACGGCCUCGACGCAGGGCACCGAGCGACGCGCGUGCUCGCCCGCAGCGUGCUUCGAGGAGACCCUGAUCGAGGGCGCCGCACUUGCCGGGCCCACACCGAGCCGGCCGGCCUCCUGUCCGUCCCCCGCGGUGCCGGCGUCCGCUCGCCCACCGUUCGGCUUGGUCACGGACGGGCUUCGCUUGCUUCCGCUUCUCGACCCACUCUGAGCCUGAGCCGAGCUCUCGCGCAAGCUGGAUCCUCGACUCGAGCCUCGAAGGGGAGCGGCGUCGCCCGCGCCGACCUACCGCACCGUCGCCUCGCCUCCUCCUCACGCUCGCCGGGCUCCGCCUCUCCCGCCGCCCCCACGCCGAGCCUCGCUCCUCCCGAGCAAGGAGCGCGCAACAUCCGCCGAGCCGCCGACCUCGGCCCCGCCGUCGCCGCUCGACUCGAAGCACCUCGUCCUCCUGCCCAUGGCGCACCCGCACGGCGGCGCGAAAGCGCGCGACGCCGCGCUCGACUCGGCGGCGAGGCGGCAGAACUCGGCCGACGAGGGCGUCCCACGGUACGACCCGCACGCCGCCUACCACGACCCGUCGACCAACCUGCACCCGCACGACGCGCACGAGCGGCGCGCGCCGUCCGAGGUCGACGACCGAGCAUGGCGCAGCAAGGCCGAGGUCGAGGAGUGGCGCUCGGCCCAGGUCGAGCGGCGGGCGAGCGUCGCGAGGAGCGUCGCGAGCGGGAGGAGCUCGACGAGGGGCGCGCAGGAGACGCUUGGCGGGCUGAGCGAGGGGGACCUGGCGCACAUGUCGGACGCCGAGAUCGCCCAGCACCACUUUCGCCUCGCCCAGCAGCACCUCGAGGCGGCACAGCGUCUGUCGCUCGCCGCAGCCGAGACGCCGUCUCGUUACGCCCGCUCGGCCCAGUCGUCGUCGGUCAGCUCGCUGCGCAGCCCGCAGGCGCCUUUUGCGUACGAGCAAGACUCGGCGUCGUCGAGCGCGUACGGCGAGUCGUCGUUCGGCCAGGACGACCAGCUGCGCUCGCCCGUGUCGGUGUCGUCGGCCUCGCCGAUCGAGCGCGACUUGCGGCGGCUCAGCAUCGACCGCCGUGGGUCGGCGUCGGGCUCGGGCUCGUACGACGAGCGCCGCAGGUCGGCGCUCCAGGUGCCGCCCCCGACUCGAGCGCUCGAGCCGCCGCCUCACGCCGUCCCUUCCUCCUCCUCCCGCUUCAGCACCUCGCCCUCGUCCAUCUCGCUCCGGUCCGCACCCUCGCACCCGAGUACGGAUGGCGCUCGCGCCGUGCCGCAGCGUCCCGUCCCGCCGCCGCGCCGAGCGACCGUCGGCGCCGUGAACCCGCCGGCCGCUUUCGAGUCGGCGAGUGCGCUCGCGCCGUCCUUGUACGGCGGCGGCGUCCCACUCGGCGUUCCUGAUCGUCUCGGCGUGCGCUCUGCGUCGGCCGGGUCGUCGCCGGCUGACUCGGUCGGCGUCUCGAGGUCGGCCUCGUCGUCCUCCUCAUUGUCGCCGUACUGGCCUGGCGCUCAAGCCCGAGACGCUGUCGAGCAGCAGCCGAGUCGCAGCUUUGUCGAGCACGACGUCCACGAUCCCGCCGAGGACGUUGACGAUGCGAGGAGCGACUUCUUCGACGCCCAGUCGACCAUCUCGCACGUCACCAACUCGCCGCUCCCGUCCUACUCGGACCCGUACGAGCGGCCUGCCGUGCCCUCGGUCCCCGAGGAGUACCUUCGCCCUGUCGCGUCAGCGCCGCCGGCAUCGGUCGUCGGCGACUCGUCCGGUCCGCCGUCGCCCUCGCCGUCGCACGAGCCCGUCGAUGAGUUUCACGGCUUUCGACCUCGCCAUGCCCUUGUUCCUCAGCACUACUCGUCACACCCUCCCUCGCUCUCGACAGACUCGACCGUCUCGGCGCAGCCGUCAUCGUCGCACCCGCCGUCCGUCGGGCACGGGCCUCCUCCUUCAGCACACGUCUACGCCCAUCCCGUCGCCGCGCUCGGCGGCGCGCAGCCGCACUCGUACAUCGUCGGCGCCGACGGCCGACCCAUCCCUGUCUACUCGGCGCCUGCAGGCCUGCACUAUCGAGCCGGCCAGUCGGCACCGCGCUCGGCGCUCCCUAUCCACUCGCAGCCGCUCCAGUUCGACCACUCGCUCCCGUACGCCCACCGACCGCCGCAGACGCCACGAGGACCCGUGGUCACGACUGCAGGCGUGCACCCGACCCUGACGGCCAACACGUCGCCGCUCCAGCCCUACUCGCCGCACGCCUCGCCUCUCGCGCCCUCGGCCCUCCCGACCCUCUCGACUCGGACCUCGACGGCGUGCUUUGCCCCUUUCACCGUCGGCGUCGUCCCUCGUCCGCCCUCGCCCUCGGCCUCAUCGACGACGACGGCGACCCACCGCGCGCCGUCCAUCUCGGGCCGGUCGCGCAUGGCGAGCCUGCGCGCCGCCGUCAAGAGCCCGCACGUGCGCUUCAUGAGCCCGAGCCCCGAGGCCAGGUCACGCGCGAGCGAGCCGCCGCCGCCCACGUCGACGUCCACGUCUACGUCGUCGAGGUCGGGCCGGGUCGGGUCGUCGUCGGGCGCGUCCGCCGCCGCCGCUCGCGGCCGGAUGGGCAGCUUUUUCGGCGCGAGCGCGAGCGGCGGUGACGCGCUCAGGCUGGAGCAGGCGAGAGCGACAGCCGUCGUGCCCGAGGUGGACGACGAGGAGAGCGAGGCGGAGCGGAGGAAGCGCCAGGGCGAGGCGAUGCAGCAGAGCUUUGGCAUGCUCCUGUAG